CAUGCCUAUGGCCAUGGCUGUGCUCUAGCAUGGUCCCUAGGCACCUAGAGGUCCCGCAAGGGAAUUUUGUACUAUAUUUGGCUCUGUGAUUUGGUCGCAAGCCUGCUCGUGCGGCGUUCCCUUCUUGUUUCGAGCGAUUGCGUUUCUUUUGAGAAAGCACGACUAAGCGCUGGUUGACGCUGGUUCCAACGACUGUAGCCAUUUGCUGGCAUAUGGAAUGUCGUCUUCGAUACGCAAGAAAUUAAGGGCCUCCAAGCCAGUGGUAGUGCCUCCGAAAUCUGCCAAGACAAGCAAGAAGACAAAAUCAAUCAGGUUGCCCACAGCCAAGCCUGGCAGAAAGUCCACUGAGGAGGGACCUUCCCAAUCAGAAAAUGACAAACUUCCCUUGCAAAGGACACCGACGAUGACUGGCAAGGUCUGCACAUGGUCUGCUGCUGGACUCCCCACCAGUGAUUCAGAGGCAUCAGACAUUGUCGACAACCCUCAUGACAGUGAGGGGACAAGCUCAAAGUCACAGCCAUUGAUUAAAAGCACGGCAAAGGAGUCGCCACAGCCAUCCACCUGUAAGCCAAGCACUCAAGCCAGCAGCAGUAGCAAGCAGCCGGCACAGCCUUCCAAAAAAAACGUAAAGAAGGCCGGGUGUGGCAAACCACUUUGGCAACCAAAAGUGGGCAAAAAGUCUCGGAAUAAUCCUGUGCAACGCAAGAACAGCUGCGGAAAGACCCCAUUAAGCAGUGCCAAGCUGAUGGAUGCUGCAGUCAGCUCGAACACUGUUCCACUGGUGAAGAAAGCAGAUGUGAUGCGGAGUGAGCCCACAGACGGGAAUGUGAAAGCAUUUCCAGUCCUUCAGCUUGACAGGCCUGUGAGGCUUCCCUUGGUGAAAGAAGAAGGCAGCCCUUACAAGUGUAGUGUCCGAGGAUGUCCCUCAAGCACUGGCCAGUGCUUCAUUGGUCUCUGGUUGUUUGCGCUGCCUAGCGAAGAAACCAGUGCACAACUGCGCUCUGCUUGGCUGGAGAAUGUUCCCAUCGAUCCAGAGAUCAACAGACCACGAAGUCCCCGCGUGUGCUUUCAGCACUUUGCGAAGGACGACUUCGUGUCAAACAAGAACCGCCUUAUGGGCCUUAAUGCAAAAGCUGUACCUUCAGUAGGCAUCCCGAAACAAGCCUCCAGAACAGGGACAUCCAACUUUCAUGUAAACAAAUGGGGUGCAUAUGCUGAGCCUACGUCAAAUGCUGGCUCUAAGUCUAGGUCAGCAGCAUGCAACAGCUCAGCAGACUUGACUAUGCUGUCUGGUCCUGCCAACUCCACCGCUGGUAUAGGGUCAGGUGCAGGAAUAGAACAUGGCUCAGCAUCAGCAACUCAGAUCAAACCCACUGUUAGCAUUGGAACAGGUGCAGCAAUAGGCAGUGGUGGUUUGAAUGAGGCAUUUGAGUCAGAAGCCACAGAUGGUGCCAGUAUAACCUCAAAGCAAGAUGGCCAGUCAAUAUCUGGAUUUGGCAGCAAGAUAGUUUCAACACCUAGCAAAAGUUCAACAACGAAGGUCCACUUAGUAUCCAUACAUAAGGCAAAAAGAGGCCCAGCGGCAGACACUUCAAAUGUAGCUAGGACUUCAGUAUCCACAGGAGGUAAUGAAACCGAUUCACUAGUAAGUGGUGCUGCUUUGUUGCAAAGUACAAAGCCAGUUACAGAACAAAGCCAAAGUACAGUUACACAGCCAAAAGCCACCCAUGGUGCCAAAACAGCUCUAACAAAGAAGAGUGGCUCAGUACAUAAGGGCAAGUCGAAAUCUGCAGUUGAUAGCAGGAUGGUUUCAAUGAGAGGCAAGUCCACACUUGAGACCAAAGCACGUCAAAUAUCAAACAAGACUUCAAAAAAAGGUAUUCGUUCAACACCUGCAGUUGCCAGUGAAAAAAGUUCAACAGGGGAGACCAGUUCAGUUUCAUCAAGCCACUCUGAAUCUGCAGUCGCAGCAGGUUCAACAGACAGCAGUUCAAAUUCAGCACAUCAUUUAAAAUGUCAGGUUAGGCCAGAAACAGGUCCAAUGUCAGAGUGUGUGUCAAAGCCAGGUGACCACUCAGUAUCUGUUCUUACCAUAACAGAAUCAGUCACAAGCGAGCCAGGUUCAGGAAGCCAUUUGGGACCUGUGACUGUGAAUGUGUCAGCAUCAACACUGAACACCUCAAAGCCAGUGACUACAACAGUGCCAAAUGGUAGCAUGGUUGUAACCUUGGAAAAGGAGCCCUGGACAUCGGAGCUCACUGGUGUGGAAGCAAGCAACCAAGAUUCAACAAGUCCUUCAGGACCCAUAAAUGCCACCGAGUCAGAGUCAAUACCAAACAACUCAAAGCCAGUGACUACAACAGCGCUAAAUGGUAGCACAUUCGUAACCUUGGAAAAGGAGCCCUGGGCAUCUGCACUCUCUGUUGUGGAGAAGCCAUUGAUGGAAACACCAAGAGCUGAGUGUUCAUCCAACACAAGCAGCUUGUUAGCAGUGGAACGCAUCUCAAAGGUAGUGGUGAAGCAAGAACUUGUUGAAGAGACUGAGCUUUUCCCAAAAGACCUUUAUGGCAGUGUCGCUCUAGAUGUGUCACCGAAGAAUUGCAGAUUGCAUGUGAAGCAAAAUGACUGUACCGUACACAGGAGCUCAGAUGUGUGCUUGUUGCCUCCAUCUGACGUAUUAGUUCACGCUUCUUUGUGUAUGCCUUUCUGCAUGCCUUUCACAGGCAGGUCUUGGAAUGCAGAAGCAGCAGGUGCCUAUCAAUCUCCUGCUUUAAGUGAUUCCAGUGGUGCCACUAGUUUCACUGGUGCGCCAUCUGGACAUUGCAGAAGUGGUAAACCUGCCUAUGCUGUAAUGAACUUGUGGGACAGCAGCCAGAGCUCAACACUAUCACUCCAGCACACCGACGUUUUGCCUGGAAAAGCCAUUGCGUCAAAUACUAAAAGCAGCUUGUCUCAAAAUGCCAAUGAACUGACUCUUGGACAUGCUGCUGCAUCACUUUCUUCAGUAUUACACAUGUCUAGUAGACAGAGGAGGGAUAUAGCCAAUUGUCAUGGUGCAGAUGAUGAUGAAGCUGGUGCAUGUAGUCAAGCGGGCCACACUUCUGGCUCCAAAGCAGACUUUGCUUUUAGUGACCAACAGAGCACCUCAAGGUAUAAUAUUGUUGACAUCACUCGGGAGUCUGGGACUGGGGUUAUUCAACCUGAGUUGCCUGCUCAACAAUUAGUUCCAUUCCAGGCACCAAGUCAAGGUGGAUACGUGCCGCAUUUGAAAAGUGGCAGCGCGUGCAGCAGUAUUUCUAAUCCUUCCAGUGCGUGUGAUAAGUGGGAUGGCGGCCUGCAGAGUGAGGGAAGCAGUGAUGAGUGGAUGCCGUUUGAUCCUGCCCAUGGAAAGUAUGUCAUAGAAAAGGAGUACUUAGGAGAGAGAGAUGAUUCUGGAUUGAGUGCUGUUUACUGUACAGUGGUGUGGGUCCCUACACCUGGAGAUAAGGGCAAGAGCAGUGGCGGCCCUCAAAGUACCCACUAACAAGAAGACUGACCAUAACUGAACUCCAGCAACAAGAAAGCUUUAGUCUGUGAUAUUUAAGUAAUGUAUAAGAGUGCAGCAUGAUGCAUUUUGAGGCUGUCACGCUCAGGUAAUCAUGAUUUUAUUUUAUUGUCAUAUUUAUUUAAAUAUGUUGUCCACUCUCCCUCGUGCCAAAAUAUGUGUCUUGCAAUAAACAUUGUGUAAUUCUGA